ACUUCUUCAGAGCCACUUAAACAUAGCUAUACUCAUUGGCAAAACUCUGAGCAAUGGCUUUCGCACUCAAAAAUAAGUUUCUCGUUUUCAUUUUGAUUGUUUCCGGGGCUCUGGCAUCUGCCAUGUCCCGCACAUUGAGUGAAACUGUCGUUGCUGAAAAAUACAAGCAAUGGAUGGCUCAGUAUGGACGCACCUAUGAGAUGAAGGAAGAGGAGAAUAUGCGUUUUGAGGUAUUCAAAAACAACCUGGAAUAUAUAGAAAACUUCAACAACAUGGGGAAUCAACCUUACAAGUUAAGCAUCAAUGAAUUUGCAGACUUAACUAACGAAGAAUUCCUAGCGUACUAUGCUGGCUACAAGAUAAUUCCUAGCACAGUUUCAUCCAAAACUAAAAGAUUUAAAUAUCAAAACCUGACCAAUGUCCCAGCUAGCAUUGAUUGGAGGAACAAAGGAGCUGUCACCCAAAUUAAGGACCAAGGUCAUUGUGGAAGUUGCUGGGCAUUCUCAACCGUUGCAGCUGUGGAAGGUAUCGCAAAGAUUAAAACUGGUCGGUUGUUCUCACUCUCUGAGCAGCAACUGGUGGACUGCGUCAGAACGAAAGGAAGUCAGGGCUGCAAAGGUGGUUGGAUGCAUGAUGCUUUUGAAUACAUUGUGAAAAACCACGGUCUCGCCGAGGAAACAAGAUACCCAUACAAGAAAAAAGACGGAACUUGCAGCCCUCGGAAAGCAGCUAUCAAAGCCGUGCAGAUCCUUGGCUAUGAAGAUGUACCUCACAAGAAUGAAGAAGCACUACUAAAGGCUGCAAGCCAGCAACCUGUCUCAGUGGCCCUCGAUGGAAAUGGAACUGCAUUUCAGUUUUACUCAGGAGGUGUUUUCACAGGACCAUGCCGCACCUCUUUAAACCAUGCUGUUACCGUUGUUGGGUACGGAACAAGUGAAGAUGGCAGCAAAUACUGGUUAAUCAAGAACUCAUGGGGCAAAUCAUGGGGUGAAAAUGGCUACAUGAGGAUUAAGAGAGAUGUUAAUUCUAAAAAAGGUCUCUGUGGCAUUGCCAAGAGAGCUUCCUAUCCAGUUGCAUGAAUAGCACGUUCCUGGUUGCACCUUACUAGCUUUUCCCUAUUUCGGAUGUUAAUAAGUGCUUGUUGUGCUUGCUGUUUCCUAUAUAUAUUCUUAGCUAUGAAAUAAAGAAUGUUGUAUGACUGUUCAAUAUAAUAAAUUGGUGUUCUACUCGCCCGUCUAUAUAUA